UCCACAACACCGGCCCAAUCUACAAGCUCCGACGCGAGCCAAACCCAAGAAGCCGCAACAAGGUGGAGCAGUCACCAAGAUCGGCGAGCCGUGCAUCGGCCGUGGCCUUUCCACCCUCACCUGGCGUCUCAGCCGCGCACCACCAGCUUCCACCACCCUGACGACGUGCCUCGCCGCCAUUGCGCCGCCGCUCGCGGCACAGCCCAGGGUUCACAUCCCGCCCGCCGCCACAUGCGCGAAUCCAAGGUCUAACUCGCUCGCGGCCGUGGAUCUCUCCUCGACGCGCCCCGCGAUGCAUCGCGCGAUGCGGCUGCGGUGCCUCCUGCGCACGCCGCUCUGGCACGAGCUCGCCAACCCCGCAGUAGCCUCCAGCGGCGGCGGCGGGGGAGCCCUCGGCGGGAGCGCCCUGGUGCGGAGGCUCGGCGCGCCGCCGCGGCCAAGCGGCGAGAGGAGGCGGCUGUGCCGGUUCUACAGCUCGAAGGAGGGCGUCGGCAACGCGGAGGAGGCUGUGGUAGGGAGCGGCGGCGGCGGUAGCGGCAGCGAGAAGGAGCACACGCGGCUCGGGCAGAGGGACCAGCAGGAGUGGCUUAGCGGCGAGCGGUUCCUCACCGGCUGCAAGCGGCGGGAGUCCCCGUUCCUCACCAAGCGGGAGCGCUUCCGCAACGAGUUCCUGCGCCGCGUGGUGCCCUGGGAUAAGACCGGCGUCUCGUGGAACAGCUUCCCGUACUAUGUUGAUGAGAAUACGAGGCAGCUGCUGAGCGAGUGCGUGGCUUCGCACCUGCGGCACAAGGACGUCGCCUCGGAGUAUGGUUCCGGGCUGCACUCCUCCAGUGAGAGGAUUUUGCUCCAGAGCUUGCCAGGGACUGAACUUUAUCGGGAUAGAUUGGUGAGAGCACUUGCAAAUGAGUUACGUGCGCAGUUGUUGGUUCUGGACAGCAGUGUUCUAGCUCCAUAUGAUUUUGGUGAAGAUUGUUCAGAGAGCGAGGAAGAGGAUAAUCAUGUAGAGUCAGAGGAUGAAGGUUCAGAAUCAGAUGUGGAAGACGAAGAUGAAUCUGGUGAAAGGGAUGAUGAAGAUGCUAUUAAAUCCGUGGAUGACCUAAAGAAGCUAGUUCCAUGCACUCUUGAGGAAUUUGCCAAGAGAGUUGUCGGUGUACAGGAAAGUUCUUCAGCAGCAGAAUCCUCUGGCACUGCUGAGUCGUCCGAAGAAGAGAAGCCUCUCCAAAAGGGAGAUAGGGUCAAGUAUGUUGGAGCGUCAGUAGUUUUUGAAGCAGAUCAUAGGAUCAUUUUGGGGAAAAUACCUACUCAAGAUGGCUCACAGAAUGUCUAUACAUUUAUUAGUGGCAGAGCUUUAUCAAAUGGACAGCGUGGAGAAGUAUAUGAGAUCAAUGGUGAUCAAGUGGCUGUUAUAUUUGACCCUCCUGUGGAAAAUCUGGGUGAUGGUAAAAAAGAUGAAGCAAACAAAGAGCAACUUGAUAAACCAGCAGUUUACUGGGUUGACACUCAGGAUGUCGUCCAUGACAAUGAUAUUCAGGCAGAAGAUUGGCAUAUCGCAAUUGAAGCACUUUUUGAGGUACUGCCAUCUCUACAACCAGCCAUUGUUUACUUUCCAGACAGUUCCCAGUGGCUCUCUAGGGCAGCUCCAAGAUCAAAUCGCAGAGAGUUUGUCGAAAAGGUAGAGGAAAUGCUUGACCAGCUUACUGGACCUUUAGUUUUGAUAUGUGGGCAGAAUGUAGUGGAGGCAGCAGCAGCAGCACCCAAGGAUAAAGAACCGAAGACACUGUUGUUCCAUAAUCUCUCUCGCCUGUCUCCACUGUCGUCAUCCUUGAAGCGACUCGUAGGGGGCCUAAAAGGGCAGAAACCUUCAAGGUCCAAUAACAUAUCAAAGCUUUUCAAAAAUAGAAUCUUUAUUCCUCUUCCAAAGGAUGAUGAGCAACUGAGAGUUUUCAAUAACCAGAUCGAGGAGGACAGAAAAAUAAUCAUUUCAAGGCAUAACCUCGUAGAGUUGCACAGGGUGCUCGAAGAACAUGAGCUAUCAUGUGAGGAUCUUUUGCAUGUGAAGUCAGAGGGCAUUGUUUUGACAAAACAAAGAGCAAAGAAGGUUGUUGGAUGGGCUAGGAGUCACUAUUUGUCGUUGGCAGUUCAUCCUUCCAUAAAGGAUGACAGGCUGAUCAUUCCCCGUGAAAGUCUGGACCUAGCCAUUGGGAGGCUGAAGGAGCAGGAUGCUUCCAAUAAGAAGCCAUCUGAAAACAUGAAGAUUUCGGCAAAAGAUGAGUAUGAGCGCAAUUUCAUUUCAGCAGUUGUACCUCCCAGUGAAAUUGGAGUUAAAUUUGAUGAUAUUGGUGCUCUCGAGGAUGUCAAGAAGACACUGGAUGAACUUGUUAUUCUCCCAAUGAGGAGGCCAGAGCUUUUUUCGCGUGGGAAUUUGUUAAGGCCCUGCAAAGGUAUAUUGCUUUUUGGGCCUCCAGGAACAGGAAAAACACUUUUGGCUAAGGCACUUGCAACUGAAGCUGGAGCAAAUUUUAUAAGCAUAACUGGUUCCACUCUCACAUCGAAGUGGUUUGGAGACGCUGAGAAGCUCACCAAGGCACUUUUCUCCUUUGCUAGUCGACUAGCCCCUGUUAUAAUAUUUGUGGAUGAGGUCGACAGCUUACUUGGUGCAAGAGGUGGUGCGGGUGAGCACGAAGGAACAAGAAGGAUGCGGAAUGAAUUUAUGGCAACUUGGGAUGGUCUAAGGUCCAAAGAGAACCAAAGGAUCCUUAUUCUUGGGGCAACAAACCGUCCAUUUGAUCUAGAUGAUGCAGUAAUACGGCGUUUGCCUAGGAGGAUAUAUGUUGAUCUUCCGGAUGCACAGAACCGAAUGAAAAUUCUAAAGAUUUUACUAGUGAAAGAAAAACUAGAAUCUGACUUUAGAUUUGAUGAUCUUGCUAAUGCGACGGAAGGUUACUCUGGGAGUGACUUGAAGAACCUAUGCAUAGCUGCAGCAUAUAGGCCAGUUCAUGAACUUCUGGAAGAAGAAAAGAUGGUGGGAGAUGCGAGUAGCAUGAAAACUUCUAUAAGGCCACUGAAAUUGGAUGACUUUGUCCAAGCAAAAGCCAAGGUAAGCCCAUCUGUUGCUUUUGACGCUACAAGCAUGAACGAGCUAAGAAAAUGGAACGAACAGUAUGGGGAAGGUGGCAACAGAAGCAAGUUACCAUUCGGGUUCUGCAACUAACAUACUCCGGUAGCAAGUUUCUCCACAUUGUAUCAUGCGUAACUUAAAUGAGCGCCUAUUUAGUCAUAGGAAAUCAGCAGCAGUGGCUCCAUAUUCUGGUAGUGAUCCCCCCCCCCCCCCCCCUUUUUUUUUUACCUAGAGCCUAUUUAAGCAGUGCUGUUGUCAUGUAUCAAGAGCAAAAUGCCUGAUCAGAUGCCAAUUUUUCCUGGUAUUGCCUCCUGUUGUAAUGUUACUGGCUUCCAGCCGAGCAUGAUCGAGCUGUAAAUAGCCCCAGAAAUUUUGACCCAGAGCUAUUAACAGCGUACUAAUUUACAAUAAA